CGCUUUCUUUUCGUGAAUGGGCUUGCACUCUCUGGCGAUAUAAAAGCUCAGCAGAUCCCUCAGUUGGCAUCAUUCAAUGGCAUCGGCUUUCCUAGAGCGGAGAAACGACAUUCACUUGUGAUAGAAAUAUGGACGUGAAACUGAUCAUCGUUCGCCACGGCGAAACCGCCUACAAUCGCCAACACAUCAUUCAAGGACAUUUGGAUGUGCCAUUGAACGAGAAUGGCCGCAUUCAGGCCUUUAGCGCAGGCCAAGCUCUCAAGGAAGUGAAAUUCGAUGCGGCUUACUCAUCGGAUCUUUCUCGAGCCUACGAAACUGCCGAAAUCGUCUUGAACCACAACAAGCCGGGAUUGAAUGGCGGCAUUUGGAAGUGCUACACGCUUAGAGAACGCGGAACUGGAGUGAUGCAAGGCCAAAGUAGCAAUUUACUCUUGGAAGAAGCCAAAGAGAGGGGGAUUCCCGCUUAUAAGUACACUCCUCAAGGAGGAGAGACCUUGGAAAUGAUGACUUACAGAGCCGCUCUUUUCUUUGAGGAUCUGUGCGAGGACAUCAAGUUGCGUUGGAAGUUGGGCCAAUCGCCCACCAUUCUUAUUGCGAGUCAUGGAGGGCUGAUCAAAGACUUGCUGGUCUAUCUGGUCGAGAGAAAAGGCUGCACCUUGCCCAAGGUUGGGAACACCGAGUAUCGCGCAAUCUCGCCCAAUUGUGGACUGACCACCCUCAAUCUAAAAUUGGACACUGAGCUCGACUUAAAGUCUAUGCAAAUUGUCGAUCUUUAUAACGGCAAACAUUUACGAGGACUGGACUUGAUGACGACCAAGAAUCAUCAUUUGUCUUCAUUAAGUGCGGUUUCCAACGUGCUGCGGAUCCGAAACGAUUCAUUGUAAUCGCCAAACGCGUGUCAGAUUUUUUUACUCAAAAAUAAUAUUUCGCUGAUUCUUAAUAUGAUCAAUAAACUAUUUGCACAUCCGAA